UAUUAAUAUUGUGAUUUUUUCCCGUACUAAGCGCAGUCCCAGAUUGCCUUACAUCGCAUUACGCCUGUAACAUUCCCUGAUUACCCACGAGCUUCGCUACGCUCAGGUAUCCUACAAAGAAUUCACCGUUCUUCCACAUACGUGCUCAGCUAAUUUCGACGCUCCGUCCCCAGUCUUGGUACUGCCUCUACUUUCAAAAUUAUCAGCCAUAACACGACCACAUGAAGUUAAAGCUGCUGAAGUGCAAGAAAAGGCUGAGCGACAAACGACAGAACUACAAACGACAAAGGGGGAACUCGUUGACUUCUUCCAACUACAAAAGGCAGUUGAAGGUGUGAAUCUACACAAUAAUCCAACUGCAAAGAUGCCCAUGACAAUGAGACAUAAGGGUGUUACAAAAAGAAAACUGGUUGACGGUGGGAGUGCAAGUGCGGAUAAGACGGAAAGUAUUUCUGAUGUUGAUGAUAGUGAAGUUGUUGGAUACCUUAACACCAAAGCGGAGAGAUAUUACAAGAAGAUUAUAUGGGAAAAAAUAAACCAGCAGUCUCCCGUGCAUAUGGCACAAGCAAAGGUGUGGAAGAAAGAAACUGAAGCCAAGAAAGAUAAAUCUAAGAAAGGAACUGCCAAUAACACCAAUGCAGUAGAGGGAGAGAUACGAAGCUCAAUAAUCAAUUUUGCUGCCCUGAAUCAACUAAAUGAUGAAUUGAACCAAGAUCUUGGAGAAGCGGUAGGAGGAGGUGCUGGACCUUCGUCCCCUAAAAACAGUAGUAGUUCAGAUGCAAAAUUCCUAAUAGUUCAUGCACCCAAUGAUACGUAUUCUGAUUACCUACAUGUAGAGGACCAAUCUUGUGAAGAAGAAGAUGAUGCAUUGACAAAUAAGAACUCCGUGUUGCUUGAUGAAUAUGACUGCAUAUUAUGAUUAGGCCAAUUGAGGAAGAGCUUGAUAUCUCAUUAAGAGCAUUCACAAAUCCACAAUAACGGUGUCAAGUUCUUAGUUCAAAAUGAGUCACAUAUUGUUGUAUCAUGGACAAACUUAUACUCCCUCCAUCUCAAAUUGAUGGUCCUAUACCUUUUGGACUCAAAUAUGAAGAAAAAAUGGUAGAAGGACCAUAUAACCUUACUUUUAUGUACUGUUCACUCCUUUAUUGUUAUUGUUCAAUAAAAAGAAGGGACAUAAAUGGUAGUCUGCCUUAAUUUCUUUACAAAAAAGGGAAAGGUGACUAUCAUAUUUCGGGACACCCCAAAUAGAAAAUACAGGAUCAUAAUUUUGGGACGGAGGUAGUACUUCCUCCUUCAUUAGUCUUGUUUUGUAAGAUACAUUUUUCUUUAGGGUCGUCCCAAAAAUAUGCAACACUUUCAGAGAGCUGUCCUUGAAAUCCUUGAGGUUAAGGAGAUCCAUGUGUGAAAGUCCUCGUACGAUUUAAGAGAUCCGGUAAAUCCUGAACUAUUUGCAAGGGCAUGUUUGUCAAGGCAGUUCCUUGUGUUGUUUUUGCUCAAGUCCGUGAAGACGAAAUGAUUAGUGGAUUUUGAUUUUUGAAAAUCCCAAACGAGGUUGUAUCAAGUAUUGGGGUAGGGAUUUCCUGAAUCAGUAUGAAUUAUGGUGCUUGGUGUCCUAUCUUGUCUUUAUCCCCUACAAUGUUAUUGAUAUGUGCUUUAAUUGUUUGAUUAAA